AUCAGUGAAUGGAGAAACAAGCCAACAAAGAAAAGCACUUCUUUGGCGCAAACCAGUGACCAACAGAGAGAAAAAGGGAAAAUCUUGUUUGAUUUUCCUGGAAAAUUCCACUUCCCCAUUUCUCUCUCGUUUUUGCUCUUUUGAUCUGCGUGAAAAGAAAGGAUUUUUAUCAAAAACAAAUCCCAACUUUUUUGAGUUUAGGACUUUUUGACAUUCAAAAAUUAUGGUGUUAAUGGAGACAGAUAGUAUCGAAUGCUUGAUCGAUAACGAUGAGAUCCAUCACAUCCACCAAUUCUCAUCAACCAAGUCUCAGGCCGGAGCCACCGUUGUAAUCUCUCCGGCGACGAGCGUUUACGAGCUCCUUGAAUGCCCAGUCUGCACCAAUUCAAUGUACCCACCAAUUCAUCUGGUAUUUCAUUGUUUUGGACAAUACUUUUGUCUUCAUUUUGAAGCGUUUCAGCUCGGUAUGGCUCCAGUAUACAUGGCGUUUCUGAGAUUCAUGGGAGAUGAAGAAGACGCACGAAAAUACACUUACAGUUUAGAAGUUGGAGGCAGUGGGAGAAAACUCACAUGGGAAGGAACACCAAGAAGUGUCCGAGAUAGUCACAGGAAUAUCAGAGAAAGUCACGACGGUCUAAUAAUCCAAAGAAACAUGGCACUCUUCUUUUCGGGUGGAGAAAGGAAAGAACUGAAAUUAAGAGUCACCGGAAGAAUCUGGAAAGAGCAACAGAAUCCAGAUUCUGGUGUUUGCAUACCAAACCUCUGUGUGUAGCUAAAUCAAAACCUGCCAACUCUUCAAACCUAUCUUCAGGUGUUCGAUCUCUUCGAUUUGAUUUAGUUUCGGGUUCUUGUGUUUUUUUUAUCCAGACAGCUUCUUGUCGUUCAAAAGUGUAUUUAGAGAAGAAGAAAAGAGUUGUUCCAUCUGCCAGAAAUGUGCAGACAGGUCGCAAAAGUUGCAAUCUACACAACUUCCAAAGAUUGAAUCUUUCCAUAAAUGUAUAUCUUAAUAUUGUAA